GGGCAGGCGAACCUGAAUUGGCACACUAAGGACCACCCACAGCCGAGGCGCGGGAGAAGCGAGACAACGCUACCGCCGUAAGAAACGGAGCCGCGCCGCGCAAACCACUGUGCCACCUCCCCUGGCCAAGAAGCCAAAACAAGGCUUCGCGUCGUCAUUGAGAGAGAGUACUUGUCGUCAUUGACCAUCUACGAGGCAAGCGCCCAGAACAGCAAUAACGAUGCCGGACCAACCCGCGCAGCAAUCGCGGUUCCCCGCCAACCGCAUCUUUAACCUGGCGGGCGCCCUCAUGGGUGGUCUCUUAAUGGUCAUCGGCAUAGCAAUCUGCGCGGCCGCCUCCGAGAAGGGUAUCGACGCGGCUCGCGAGUUCAUUCUCGGCCUUUAUAUGGUUGGGUUUGGUGCCUUCGCGGUGGCGACGGAGUGCGUCUACCUGCCGAACGUGGUCAAGUAUAUGCUCAUCCUCGACAGCUACCUCGGCAAGGGGUGCUUCUUCAUCUUCUGGGGCUUCCUCAUGUGGGGCAAGAAGCCGGAAUGGAUCAUCGCUUCAUUGAUCUUCCUAGGCGCGGGAGUAUGCUUCAUCUGCGGCUCCUUCGCGGUGUCGUCGCCGCCCGUAUAUCUCUGCGGAGAGCGGCCCGCGGACGCGAAACCUGGAGCUCCGCCCCGCGCGCCCGAGAACUCGCGGCCCGCGCCGCCCGGCGACCCGGUCUGGCCGCCCGCGUAGGGCGCUUCACACGAGUCUCGGACUCGCGCGCAGUCGAUGGCCGGAGCCGACUGCUGACCCUCCUCGUCAUAACAACUUACUCGUAUGCA